AUGACCCAACCUGUCGUGGGCCACUUGGAUCCGGUGUUUUUCCAGAUCAUGGACGACGUGUGCGAGAUGCUGCGCCGGAUCUUCCACACCGGCAACACCGUGACCAUGCCUAUAUCCGCCACCGGCACCGGCGCCAUGGAAACCGCCUGCGUCAAUGUGCUGGAGCGCGGUGACACGGCCAUCGUCUGCCGCAACGGUUACUUCGGAGUCCGUCUCGCCGACAUCGCUCAGCGCUGCGGCGCCAACACGGUCAUGGUCGAUUCACCUUGGGGCAAGCCCGCUGACCUCAACGCUCUCGAAGAUGCUCUCAACGCCAACCCCGGCACCAAGAUGGUCGGCCUCGUCCACGCCGAAACGUCCACCGGCGCAAUCACGCCGCUUCAGGACGCUAUCGACCUGACCCACCGCCACGGGGCUCUGGUCAUCGCUGACGCCGUGACUUCCCUGGGAAGCCAUGAUGUCCAGGUCGAUGAUUGGGAUAUUGACGUUUGCUACAGCGCCAGCCAGAAGUGCCUCGGGGCCCCUCCAGGUUUGGCUCCCAUCAGCUUCGGCGAGCGCGCCAUGGACGUCAUCAACAAGCGCGAAAGCACAGUCGAGAGUUUUUACUUCAACCUCCAGGGUGUCGCCGAAUACUGGAACGAGACCCAGCGCGUUUACCACCACACCAGCCCCAUCACCAUGAUCUACGCCAUGCGUGAGUCCUUGCGGAUGAUGAUGGAGGAGGGCCUCGAGGAACAGCACGAUCGUCACGCCAGGGUUGCCACCGGUUUGCGAGCCGGUCUGACUGCCAUGGGCCUGGAUCUGGCCACCGACCCCGGUUACCAACUCAACCCCAUCACCGUGGUAAACGCCCCCGAGGGCGUCAACGAAGCCGAAGUGCGGGCCCGCCUGCUCAACGAUUUCGACAUCGAGGUUAGCGGCGGUCUGGGUGAAUUCCGUGGCCGCGUCUGGCGCGUCGGCAUGAUGGGCAACGGAGCCCGCGAGACCAGCGUGCUUGCGCUCCUCUCCGCCCUGGAGGUCAUCCUCGGCGACAUGGACUACGAAGUCGCCUACGGAGCCAGCGUCGCCGCCGCCCAGCGCAGCUUCGCCAACCACGGCGAUUAG